GCGGAGGGUCGGCUCAACCAGAGGUGGGCUCGAGUCCCGCACCUCCUGCCCAGCCACCCCAUGCCCGACGGGCGUGAGAGCGGGACCUGGCCGAAGGUGUGCGGGGGUGGAAGGAAGUGGCCUGCAUGCUCUGCGGGGCCCCCAGCCCAUCGCCUGGAGGAGCCCACUCUCCCUGGAAGAUAGACCAUCCUUGAAGAGGAUGACUGAGACAUUAUGGGCCACGCACUGUGUGUCUGUUCCCGGGGAACUGUCAUCAUUGACAAUAAGCGUUACCUCUUCAUCCAUAAACUGGGAGAGGGUGGGUUCAGCUAUGUGGACCUAGUGGAGGGGUUGCAUGAUGGACACUUCUACGCCCUGAAGCGAAUCGUGUGUCAUGAGCAGCGGGACCAGGAAGAGGCCCAGCGAGAGGCGGACAUGCACCGCCUCUUCCAGCAUCCCAACACCCUUCGCCUCAUGGCUUACUGUCUGAAAGAACGAGGUGCUAAACAUGAAGCCUGGCUGCUACUACCCUUUUUCAAGAGAAGUACACUGUGGAAUGAAGAAAGGCUGAAGGACCAAGGCAACUUCCUGACUGAAGACCAAAUCCUUCCAUUGUUGCUGGGUAUCUGCAGAGGCCUUGAGGCUAUUCAUGCCAAAGGUUAUGCGCACAGGGACCUGAAGUCCACCAAUAUUUUGCUUGGUGAUGAGGGGCAGCCAGUUUUAAUGGACUUGGGUUCUAUGAAUCAAGCAUGUAUCCAGGUGGAGGGCUCCCGCCAGGCCCUAGCUCUACAGGACUGGGCGGCCCAGCGGUGCAGCAUCUCCUACCAGGCACCUGAGCUUUUCUCUGUACAGAGCCACUGUGUCAUCAAUGAGCGGACUGAUGUCUGGUCCCUAGGCUGUGUGCUUUAUGCCAUGAUGUUUGGGGAAGGCCCUUAUGAUAUGGUGUUCCAGAAGGGUGACAGUGUGGCCCUUGCUAUGCAGAAUGAACUCAGCACCCCACAGAGCCCCAAGCAUUCUUCAGCCUUGCGACAGCUUCUGGCCUCUAUGAUGACUGUGGACCCCCAGCAGCGCCCUCACAUUCCUGUCCUCCUGAGUCAGUUGGAGGCAUUGCAGCCACCGACUUCAGGCCAGCCAGCACACCACACCACCCAGAUCUGA